AUGAGAAACAGUGGUGAAGAGACUAAUAAUGUGUCUGAAGAGCAAGUUGCUAAAGGUAACAAAUCGGGAAGAAGCACAUCAAGCGAAAUAGAUAAUAGAAGUGAAUUAACCAAUGGGUUUAAUAAUGGCGAAGGGCCACGUCAAUCGAGACAGAGCAAUGAAAGUAUGGUUCCAAAAUCGAAGAAAUACUAUGAAAGUAAUGCUGGUGAUGGUACGAAAGCUACGGAUCAUCACUUAACUGGAUUUCCAUUAGUUGCUACUUUGGUAAGCUGUUUUACAAGUUUGUUUAUUGUUGCAUUAGAUCAAACUAUCGUUUCUACUAUACUUACAACAGUAGGAAGUGAGUUUCAUAAUUUCGAAAAGAUUGGAUGGUUAACAUCCGGGUAUCUAUUAUCGUUGGCAUGUCUUGCAUCAAUUUAUGGUAAAGUUUCUAUUGCAUUCGGAAGAAAAUAUACCUUAAUAUGGGGAAUCGUAGUCUUUGAAGCUGGUUCGGUCGUUUGCGCAAGAGCUCAAAAUAUGGACACUUUAAUAGCGGGUAGAGUUAUACAAGGUAUCGGUGGAAGUUGUGUACAAGCUUUGACUAUAAUAAUUAUGACGGAAUCUGUAAUUUUAAGUCGUAGAGCCCUUGCAUUCAUUUUGAUAGGUGUUUGUUUCUCGCUUGCUAGUGUAAUUGGACCAUUCAUUGGAGGUGCAUUUGCGACUCAUGUUACAUGGAGAUGGUGCUUUUAUAUAAACUUGCCAGUGGGCGGGUUUGCUAUUAUGUUGUUGGUUGUAUGUUUUCAUCCUCCGAAACCCAAAGGGAAUUUAAAAGAAAAGCUCUCGAGGAUUGACUAUUUGGGAGUCUUUCUCUUGACUAGUGGAUUAGUUUUAGUAUUGCUUGGUUUAACUUUUGGUGGUGUUGAUUUCGCAUGGAAUUCGACCGCUGUAAUACUUCUUUUUGUAUUAGGAGGACUAUUAAUUAUUGCAUUCUGCAUAUAUAACUUUAAGAUAUCAAAUAAUCCAAUAAUUAUCAAAGAGGUUAUUAUUAUUCCACAAAUAUUUGCAGCUUCCUGGAGUGCAACUUUCAAUUUUGCAUUUUUUAUGGCAAACUUGACUUAUCUUGCCAUUUAUUUUCAAGUUAUUUUUAAUGCAUCACCAUGGCAAUCUGGUGUAGAUUUAUUACCAAUGGUCAUUUCUGUUUCAUUAUCUUCAAUUGCUAAUGGGGUUUUUAUGCGAUUUACAAGGUAUGUAAAGGUUACAAUGUUGAUAUCAACAACUCUUGGACCAAUUGGAUGUGGUUUGUUAUUAUUGUUGGAAAAAGAUUCGCCAGCAAAGGAUAGGAUUGGAUUAUUAAUAAUAUCGGGUAUUUCUGUAGGACUUCAAUUUCAGAGUUCAUUGCUUGCAGCUCAAUUAGAAGCACCUCCAAAUGUUGAAGGUUCUUUAAUUCUAACCACAAUUUUUUUGAAUUUCCUCAAGUCUACAGGUGCUACCGUAGCUGUUACAUUGGCACAAUUGAUUUAUCAAGCAUCGGGUACUUCAUAUAUUAAUGAUUUAUUGGGAUCAUUAGAUACAAGUUCUACUGAAUAUAAGGCUCUUAAUAAGGUUCCAGUAAAAACUUUGAUUUCUACACCUACCCUUAUUCAAGAUUUGCCUAGUUCUGCAAAAGAAAUGGUUUUAGAUCAAUUUAUGAAAGCGUUACGAAAUGUUUUCUAUUUAGGACUUGCCUUUUCUUGUGCCGGUUUUAUUGUAUCGUUGUUCACGACUAACAAAAAGAUUCCAAGGCAUGAAAAUGUUAAAAAGGCCAGUGAUGAUAGUGAUGAUGAAGCAUUAAUUGGUGGACAAAAUUCUACAAGUGAUUCGGUUGGUCGCCAGUUUUCUUCCUCAAUAGAGGGUAAUAAAUAA